CGAUUGUGAUCCAUACGGUGUGGACGUGAAAAACUAUUUUAUCAAUUUGCUCAUACUGAAAGUAUCGGUUCUGAUGUCGAUUUGUGGCUUCAAUAGAAGAAAAGUUACACCACAUAAUUCGAGAACGGAAUGAAGUAAAACGAAUUGAAUGCGUGAACACAAAAUAUAGAAAUUUUGAUGUGAAUAAAAUAUAAAAAGAUUCUAAAUCAAAUUAUUAUUAAUAUAAAACAAUUAAAAAAAAGAAGAAGAGAAAUCCAAUAUCAAUGGAUUGCGUGUGAAGUUAAGAAAGGAGUUACAGUUUGAAGCCACUUACAACACAGAGGAUAUAUAUACCAAUUCGACGUUUACAUAAUUUUUGGUGGAAAGUUAUUUUCGAAAUAUAUAUUCGGUUAAAAGGACGUUAGUGGACACAAAGUAAUAUAAAUUGUAUUUUAAUUGGAUGCUAUAAUAAUGUAACUAGAACAACAAACUCAAUACUCGUUCGUAGAUUGGAUCUAUAAAUGCCGGAAUUCAUACAAGCAAAUCUCUUUAAUCUGGAUUAUCAGUGAUUUAACUACCCUAAUUAUUAUAUAUGUAUACGUUAGAUAGAUGUACAGGCUAAACUGAAUGUAGACAAUUUUAUUACCUGCAUAACAUUGUACAUUGUGUGUGGAUAUAUAUAGUAACACACCAUAAAUGCAUCUCAGUGAAUAAUGCAACUAUUAAAGGUGGUAUUAAAGUUUUUAGUGUGUUGAAAACGUUUGGCAAACAAAUAUUUGGUGUGUGUGUGUAUGUGAAUUUGUUAACCGGAAGGGAUUCUAUCACAAAAUCCUUUUUGUGUUUGUACAACUAAUUGGCGUACAGUUGACGGGAUAACGCGAUUAUUGUGUUUAAUGAAAAAAGAGGGAAAAAACUCUUGGAAAAGCUAAACAUCAAACUGUUUAAAUGUAUCACCGGUAGUUAAGUGAUUUUUUUCAAGUUUUUUUUUUUUUGGUUUUUUCGUUUUUAUUUUUGCAAAACUGUCGUAACCAAACAAUAAAACGGUCGGGCAAUCAUGGAGCGUGAUUUUAAUUUUCCGUGUCUCCUGAGGGUAGCGAUAUGGAUAUUAUUACUGUUACGACUAGCUGAAGGCCGUGGCGGUGGCAUGAGUUCAUGCCAAACGGUGUGUGUUUGCAAAUGGAAAGGUGGCAAACAAACAGCUGAAUGUAUUGAUCGUGCUCUAAUCAGCAUUCCCGACAAUAUUGACCCGAAUACUCAGGUGCUAGAUAUGUCGGGAAAUAAUUUACAAAUUCUGCCACGGGACACAUUUAUCAGAACGGGUUUGGUCAAUUUACAAAAGGUUUAUCUGCGAAAUUGUCGUUUGGGGCAAAUCGAUGACGAUGCGUUUAAGGGACUGACUAAUCUGAUAGAACUAGAUUUGAGCCAUAAUUUAUUGACCAGUAUACCAACAGCCGCACUAACCCACAUUGAAUCAUUACGUGAUUUAACAAUGGCAAGCAAUCCGAUUCAAAAGGUCGAAAGUCAUGCAUUUCGAGCUACUGACAGCUUAACAAAAUUGGAUUUGUCACAUUGUGUCAUACAGACGAUAGCACCUGAAGCAUUUAAGGGACUACAUUCAUUGCAUUCCUUAAAAUUGAAUGGAAAUAAACUGUCCGAAUUACGACCACGUACAAUUGAAACAUUGAGUAAAUUACAUGGCAUCGAACUGCAUGACAAUCCAUGGUUUUGUGAUUGUCGGCUGAGAGCAGCUAAAUCAUGGUUAACUGAAAACAAUAUUCCUUAUCCAGUUGCACCGCAGUGUUCGGGUGGCCCCGAGAGAGUGAUUGACCGUACAUUUGCUGAAUUGCAUGUAGACGAUUUUGCUUGUCGGCCAGAAAUAAUGCCAGUUAGUCGAUUCAUUGAAGCGACAUCUGGCGAAAAUGCAACUAUUGUAUGCCGGACAUCAGCUGUCCCAUCUGCCAAUGUUAAUUGGUACUGGAAUGGAAGGCUGUUGAUGAAUAAUUCGGCGUUCAGUUCAUAUCAGAAGGUUUAUGUGUAUGAAGAUGGUGAAUUUGAGAAACGUAGCCGAUUAGUACUAACGAAUGCUCAAGAGACUGAUUCGAGUGAAUUUUAUUGUGUGGCUGAUAAUAGAGCAGGUAGUGCUGAAGCUAAUUUUACGUUACAUGUUAUGAUGAGAACAGCUGGUAUGGCGUCAUUGGGAAGUGGUCAAAUCGUUGGGCUAAGUGCUGCGUUAGUCAUUUUGAUUUUGUUUAUCCUGCUGAUCAUUUUGUUCCUGUUGGUUCGACUGCGUAGGAUACCGUUUUCAGAGAGCAAAACACCCGGUCACGUAGAAGUGAUAACGACUGUAAGUCCACCUACUGUCAACGGAAAAUUGUCAUCGACAGUUUCGACUAACGAUAGCAAUAAUUUAGCAGAUCGCAAAGCCCCAAACGAUUUGAAACUAGCGAAUCCUGUGCAGAAACCACCAAGACUGACCGACAUAAGCUAUUCCACUAGUCAUUAUGAUGGAAACGGUAGCAUAAUAUCGUCGUCUGGACCAUUGUUUGUUUCACCCACAGCAUCUGCGGGAAACAAUCCAGACUUGAUAAACGAUACCAAAAGACUGGGCAGCGGAGAUCUGGCAGCAUUGGCAACGGAUACUCUAAUCGCUUCAAUGCUAGAGCCUAUAGAACGGCCAGGCAGUGGCGAAUACAGUCGAGCUGGUUGUGAUUCCCUAUAUCCUUCGGGUUUAUGGGAGCAAACGUCUUCUGCGCAAAUGCAACAAUCGCACUUAGCCAACGCGGCUCAAGAUCUCUAUCUGAAACGAGCUGCCAGCACAACAAUACCAGCUUACAGCUAUACGGAAAAAACACCGAUAAUCGACAGCACAACACACAUGACGAAUGUGGAUGACGACGUUACGUCAACGGCCGAUUUCAUGAGUCGCACAUUUCCGCGUACAGCUAUUGCUCAUCAAUUAGUUACGACAAGUAGUAGUGGCUAUCCAGCCGAUUAUGGAUUACCCAUUGUUCCCGGUGCCGAACACCAUAAGUCUAGAGAAACAUUACCCCCAUCCGGUAUGCCAAAUAAUGCCAAAACAUUACGGGUUUGGCAACGCGGUGGCGUUCCAGUGCUGCCACCAGUGACGGCUUUAAAACGAGCUUUAACUAGCAGUAGAAAUUCACCGGAUGAAGGAUAUCAAGAGGGUUGUGGAACGGACGUUUAGUGUUAUUUAAAUGAAAUUUUUGUAAAAAAAAAGUUUAUGGAAAAAUCAUAAUUAAAAGAAAACAAAAAAAAAAAUGAAAUAGGUGUACAGUGAUUAAUUAAAUGAAACGGUAACAGAAAAAAGACUUUUCUUUAGAUAUGCAAGAGAGAGAAAAAAAAAUAUAAAAGAAAAUUCAAUAAAAAAAAAUAUAAAAAAUUGCAUGCAUAUUGGAUAGAUAAAAGAAAAUUAUAAAACAAAAACGAUCGAAAAUAGUGUUAAAAAAAACGAAAGAAAGAACGGGGAAAAAAGGAAAUUUGAUCUUGUCAGUGUGGUAUUAAGUCUUUUUUUUUUGUUUUCAUUGAUAUGCUUUUGAGAACCGCAUUUAUAUAUUUGAUAUGGAAUUACAUGGGAUAGGAUACACCACAUGACUUUCAAUAUGUAAGUAAACAAAGGGCUGGUCUCCUUUUAUAUUGUGAUAUUUCUUAAUUAACUUUUAUGGGUUUGCACACACAUAUUUUGUUAGUUAAUAGAAGAGAAGAAAAAAAUAAACAACAACACACACACACGACGUGUUAGAUAUGAUGAGUCACUUGACUAUAUAUUACAAUUUUUUAUGUAUUACAUCAAACAAUAUGUUCAAAGAGGAAACAAAACAAAACAAAAAAUCUGUUUCGUUUUUCCGUCUCAUCGUUUGUGUUCCUUUGUAGUUUUUAAUCAUCGUUCAAAUAACCUUUAAAAUUCAAUAAACGUAUCAAUGAUACUUUACAUACACCCAGUAUCAUGACUGAAAUAUUUAAAAUAAAUAUUUAUAUACAACUUACAUUAUUAAUACGAGAGGAAAAAUAAGAAAAAGAAGAAGAAAAAAUAAAAUAAAUUUUGUGUAAAUAAUGGAAACCAAAUAAUGUCAUGUUACAUACCAAAAUUGUGACUCAUCAUGAAGUGCAUUUAAUGGUACUAAAUAAUAAUUAUGUGUCUUUAUGAAUAAUAUUGUUAUAAAAUGUAAAAGUCAACUCUCCCACAACUAGUAUAUCUGAGCUAAGUUAAACUUUACUUUCGAUUUUAUACCAGACUUAGACCCUUAAUUCUAAUUUUUACAAAACAAAAUAAAGAAAAUACAUCAACCGUCUUACGACGACCGUUGAAGUAGUUAUAAUACACAGGAAGACCGAUGAACGAUCUUUUGUAGUGAAAUUCAUUUUGAAAAACAUGUUGCCAACGUCAAUUUUUAGUUCAGUAAAUGAGUACGCCUACCAUUGAACGCGGAAGAAUUCUUGAAUUUGGAUUUGCCAAUGAAAACAAAAAUAAAUUUAGGCUUGAAGCAGCGUAACACAACCUUUUCAAUAUUUGUAGCCGAAAUUUACUUUAAUUUUCAUUGUCAAAUCCAAAUUUAAAUUUUUUUUAACCCGUAAUCGUACUUAUUCACUGAACUGAAGAUUCACGUUGGACUAUGUUAUGGUCAUACUGACAAUUUCUUACGGCAUAAAAACCAAACCCUCGUCAUCAUUUCUAAUUUGUACAUUUCUGUACAACAAUCACAAAAUAGAAAAAGGAAAAAAAAUCACAAAUCCUGCAAAUCCUGUCGAUUUAUCCUGCAAUUAAUUUUCGUCCACUGAACAUUUCUAUGUUAAAACGUAUGUAAAAUUCGUUCAUCGGCCUUCCUGUAUAUGACUUCAAUGCUUUCACGACUUAAAUGAAGGACUCAUUCGCUUCCAUCGAUUUAAUAAAUUGAGCUGACGUUUUCGUAACUAAAAAUUCGUGGCAUAGCUCGGAGAAAUAGUUAAGAAGAACCAGGUACAAGAAUGUAAUUAUGAAGCGGUAAAACUUCCUAUUCAUAUUUUAAUUAUGCCAAAUAUUUUUGCCCAGCUUGAAUAUAAAAUUAAAAUGGAAAUUCUUUUAGCGAACAAAUUUCUCGUCGCUUAAAAUAGUGAAAAAUGAAUUUCUCCGAAUAGAAAAUAAUUGAAUCCGGGUACGUGGGGUUGGUUUAUUUGAUUUUUUUUUUUCGUUCAAUGGACUAUACUAUGUUUUCAUCGCUUGUAAAUGAUGUUUGAUGAACUGAAAAAACGUUCGUUUAUUGACAAUGAAAUUAGUCAAAUAAUUGGUAGGUGGAACAGAUCUAGUUUAAUUUUAAUAAUUGGUUUGAGUCCCAGCUAAUGAAUAGAACCUUUUAAAAUAGGAAAAUACUUCCAUUUUAGAAUAUUAUCAUUGAAAUAAAGGGAGGAAAAAAUCAGAAAUAGUUUUCUAUUAGAAAUGUCUUGCCAGUCACGAAAGUUCCUACAUUCAAUCAUUUUGCUAAAAAUGUUCGUGAAAAAUUCCCCUACUGUACAAAUAUGUCCUAAUCGAACAAAUAUUGCAAAGGUUGCUCGUGUUCCCAUUGGAUGUCCGAUAUACAACAUAAUUACUUUAUAUUACAUCAUCAUCAUCAUCCUGUAAUCGAGCUAAUUCUGUCUAUGCUAUACACACAAUUAUAUUCGCUCUCCACUAAGCGAUCUGAUAAGCAUUAACUGUCCGAUAAAAUGAAACGAAAGAUAUAAAAAUUAUGUGGUGCUUGGACGAGGCGUAUAGAACCUAUUAUUGAACAAAUAAAUAAAUAACUUGUAUACCAUGCCAGUCAAAUUAACGCCGGGCUUAUUAUAAAUAACUUUGUAAAUUUCCACGCAACAACUUCAAAAUGUUAUCGCAUAUUUAUAGAUAUUUGCGAUACUGCGGGGGGUGGUGGUAAAAAUAUAGGAUACAAUAUGGGUUUGAAUUUUAUUAAUAUUUAUACCACCUCCUACCCUCAUCUGUAUUUACUGCUUCGAAUUUAUUUUAUUUACGCCGAAAAGAUUAAAAUUUUAUCAACGAAAAACUUUCAACGGUUAAAUAUCGGAUGUGUAACAACUUCCAAAGUGCAGAAAUACUUUCAAUAAUUACAUUAAGUUUUCGAUUAAUUAAUUUUCGGCUACGAAAUUCGGCAGUAAACUUUCAUGAAGUGGCUUUCGGUUUUGGUUGAACCAAAAAAUCCGUUAAAGAAUGUUCCAAUAUUCAACGUUGGUGUGUUUACAACGUUGUAGAGUACAUGGCAAAAAAAAGCCAGAGAAUGAAAUGAUAAUUGAAUUUUAUUAUUAUUUUUCCGUUUCAAUAGAAUUUAAAUUCUUGAUUUAGACACAUAUUCGAACAAGAAUGAAAUGAAAUGAACGGAAACGAUUACUGAAACUUUUUCAUUUUUUUUUUGAUUUUCUUUUAUUACCGAUUCUGCUACAUCAUUUUUCAAUCGUCAGUAAAUGUAUAGAUUCAUACCACAAUUGUUGUGGUAGUUUUAACAUAGGAACCGAGGACAUAAAUGAAACAUGAAAAAAAUAACUUUGAUUUCUAUUGGUGGAGUUACGGUAGAAAUUUCCAUUCAUAUGAUUACUGACCUUGCCUACAGAAAAAAAUACACAAUAUCGGCAAAGUGGAGCACGGCCCGUCUGUCACCUUUUUUUUCGUAUUGAUAAUUAUUACAGGCCGUGGUUUACUGUAAGCUGCCAAACAGUACUAGGAGUACUAUGUAAUACACAGUAAUAAUUUAGAAAGCGAAAAGAGGCUGCGCUUUAAUUCUUACUCUUGAUAUACAUAUCAAAGUAAACUUAACGAAAAAGUUCUUUUGUUUUCAACUCUUUUCUCAUUGUCUUAAAAUGCCAAACUUGCAUUAUCUACCAAUUUUCUUUGAUUGAAUUGAAUGCAAUGGAGAAAACAUUGAGCACGUAUGUACAUCAAUUUUUUUUUUCAACAUUCACUAGCGAAUUUUCGACAGUUUUAACGUGGCUACCCAUAUCGCAGCAAUGGGAAGAGGAGAGAGAUGUAUAGUAAACUUUGACAGUUGUCACUGAACGAAAAACUAUUGCUGUAUGUGCCCUUAUAGGAACUCGUUCAGGAACUAAAAAUUCGUUACCCAAAGUGAAGAUUUUGACAUAUUUUAAAAGUGUCAAAAUCCUCACCAGUGAAACUUAACGAAGAGUCUCUGAACGAGCUCUAGUAGGAGUGCGUACAGUAAUGUCGCGUUAAAAUUUUGACAAAUCUACCCAUAUGAUUGACAAAAUUCACUGGUUAAACUUAACGAAGAAUUACUGCUCCAGCAAAUGCAUUGACAUUUAAGAGCUCGUUCAGAAACUCUUCGUUAAGUUUUACUGGUCAGGAUUUUGACACUUCUUUCACAUAAAAUAUGUCAAAAUCUUCACUUUGGGUAACGAAUUUUUAGUUCCUGAACGAGUUCUAAAGAUAAUGCGAAAAAAAAACUGAAAACAAAAGACAUUUUUCGUUGACGUUUUUUUUAUUAAGAUAAGCCCGUUGACGUUACAUUGCAAUCUAAAUCAGCAGUUAUAAUGCAUGAAGGACUGUUGCUUUCUCAUCUCUUGGAUCUAGACAUAAUCAUAAUACCUACAAGCUGUUCAAUACAAAAUUCGAAACACUGAAACUCCCCUGCAUUCAUAGUCUGUUUUCUUGACUACUCGAAGUUUUUUUUCUUCCUACAUUCACUCUGUGACAUGUUGACUAAACUCAACAUGGAGACAAAAACCUAAAGAUCCGUUUCUUGGAACUAUUCAUAAAGAGUUUGCCUUUAUAAUGUAUCUUUCUUCGCCCACUCGCAGUGGAUUCUUUUUUAAUGAAUCAAAGCAUGAGAAACAUCAAAAGAAAGUUGAAGUUAGUAAUCUACUAUUAAACUUCGACCACAACAUCUCUUACGUACCAUGUUUAUAUCCCAAGCUCCUUUGUUCGUGUGUUUCCCAUUAAACUUUCUUUUCAACAGGGUUCCUUUUUGCGAUUCCGAAAAAUAAACUUAUAAAAAAAUCAAUAUGAAGUUGAUGCGAAAAUAGAACAGAAGAACGGGGGGAGGGGGAUGAAAAUUUUCUUCUUCGGUAUUAUUUUAGAAUUUUCCCGUACACAACAAGUUCAUUGUUAAUUUUAUAUGCUCAUAACGUUAGGAACAUGUGUGUAUUCACCGUUUUGAUUGGGACAAGUCAUCCCACUACUGUUUUGUGGAAAAAGUUUCAACCUUGUUAUAACCCUGUCUAUAUGGCCGAACUUUUACCGUUGUUGCUGCUACAACAUUUCGAAUUAAAUAUUUAAAUUAAAUGCUUCAAAACAUAUCAAUACCUGAAAUAGCUCAUAUAUGAAACACAGCUUUUAUGUUAUAUUCUAAUCCCCGGCGGGGGGACACUUAGAAACGUGUAUUUCUUGUAUAUUGAUUUUCUUCGAAACAGUUUUGAUUGAAGAGAGAAAAUCACUCAAUAUUUUCGUUUGAUUAUAUUCAAGCAUGUCAAACCGUUUGGCUAAUGGAUUAAACUUAUCUCUAUAGCACAUUUCGGUAUCCCAUUAUAUUUGUUUAUUCAGUCAUUAUGAUAUUGAUAUUGAAAUAAUUGACCAUACAUUUUAUCGGUGAUAGAAAUUCGACAAAUGGCAUGAACCGGGCAUAAUAAUGUCGAUGUUAUUGUUAUUAUUAUUAUUACUAUUUCAAACACGUUACGCUUAUCAUUAAUUGUUGUUUAUGAUUUCUGGGUGGCAGUUAUGGCCCCGGUUUCAGGCAUAUUAAUUAGGCGGCCUUGUAAUGUGUCACAUUGAAACAAUUACUUUACAAAAAUCCGAUGAACUCCCAAUGACAAUACGAUAAACGUUGAAAUUUAUGGAAAGGUAUGCGGCACAGAGCACAGUUCAAAAAUCACACUCUGUUCCAAACAUAUAUCCGACAUAUUAUACUGGGUGUUGAGUGCUUUUAUUUGCUCUGAAAAUCAUUUCCAACGUUUACUUUUAAAUUCAAUGCAUUUUCUGUUAUACAUAUGCAACGGCUGUCCAGAUGUCCAGUGCAGAUGUGUCUUUCGCAGAUGUGCAUGUAGCACAUGUCUUUAUUUCUGCCGAUUGAAUGAUUCACGAACAAUGUAUUGCAAUUCGAAAGGCAGGAAAGAUCACUAACGGAAAUCAAAUAUCUGCGUCCGUGCAACUGUACAGAUCAAAAAGGUGUUUUCAUCGAGAGAAAAAAAAAGUUUAAAAAAACUUCACCUUUUAACGAAUGAUGUUGCUUCAUAAGAUCAGAACGUUUUUGUCUGUAUAUUUUUCUUGAAAAAACAGCUUAUGGUUCCAUCAGGCUUAUUCAACAUUUAAUAUAAAAAUGGGUUGGCUGAAGACAACAAUAUUUUUCAUAGAUGAUCAGGGAACCACUUAUUUAUUAAUCAGUCAGUGUACUAAAACAAAAAUCAACAGAAAACUGACAAAGUGAAGGCAAACUAUUGAUAGGUUUUUUUUUGUCCUCGACGACAACUUGUCGGAAUAAGGCAAUGAAUUUUUAAUAAAAAUUGAUCAAUUUCAUUUUUAUGGGAACAAAAAACAUGACGGCUUGGAAUAUCUAAAGAAGAAUAAUUGUCUGCUCGGCCGAAUGCUGAUUUAAUUGAUAGUUUAAUUUCGACCGGACACUAAUGGGAAUCAUUUUCGAUUUUAAUUUAAUUAAAUUACUCUGACUUAUUGCGUUCAAUAUUUUGUUUCGUCUGUACAUUGUUCAGAUCGAUUUAAAUGAUUAAAGUUUUCCACAAUUUUAUCACCGCUCGUUCCGAACAGGCAUAUUAUAUAACGACUAUUCACAAAUUUGGGAGGGUAGGCGGUCUGAAAUUCGUUAUAUUUCGCGUGUGUUCUUUGUGAAUGGCUUUAUGUUCGUAAGGAAAACGAACCCUACAAUCAAACCCUAUAGUUCAGUCAAAAUUUUCUUCUGAAAUUCGUUUAAAAAUUUACAUGAAAAUACAUGUCCGAAGUGUGUAAUUAUCGCCAUCGCCUGAGACUUAUACUAUUUACCGUUAAUUCAUGUCUACCCUAAGUGCUUUUUGAGCCAAUUCGCUCUGUCUUAUUUAUUUAUUCAUUUUAUGUGUUUUAAGGGGUUGAUACUGUGCAUCGAAUAGUAUCUACGAAACUAACAUACUGUGUCGCCUUUAAAGAUUUUUUUCUAUUUUUUAAACUUUUCUGACUAUGUCUGGUUUUGAAGGAAACACAACAGGUGUCGAUAAUGUCGAUCCAACUAAUGUCACAAACCGUGAGAACUCAAAAAACUUAAAAAUUGAAAUUUUAAUGCCAACCUUGUUGCUAACACGUUACUGUGCCUAAACACAAUGACGCGAAAAUGACAGAUGCGAAAUUUUUCUUUGACAUUAGGACAAAAAAAAUCGCAUCGCUGUGUGAAGACACAGUUAGUAAAUAGGAGUUUUGCACCCAUGACGUGUUGACCAUUUCAUGCACAUGGCUUCUAAUUUUCUCUGUAUUUUGGCAAAAAAAAAGUUUGUCGAAAAGGAAAAUUUUCAAUCACCAAUCAAAAUACUGUCUUUUCCGUUCAAUUCAACUUUGUUAGAUGAGUGGAAAACUUGAUAAGCAAACAAUGAAACAGAAAAAGUAGUUCAAAAUAUUGAACGUAUACUCAUAGCCCCUUUGCGCAAUAUAGUAAAGGCCCUAAAAUUCUGAUAUUACAGUCUCGUAGGGGAUUUUUCCGAAUUACACAUUAAUUACAAAAUUUAAUUCAAUGCAACGUCUUGUAAUCUCAACAGAUUACAGUAGCGAGAGCAAGUUUUACUGACAUAUCCACAGUGAAAUGGAACAAACCAUGCAUAUUAUGAAUUUAACAUAACUCUUCCGAACGAAAAUCUAUGUUCGUUCAUAUUAUAUCAUGAGAACACAUACCUUUGCUUGUAAUAUAUUUAUAUCAUUGCAGACUUCAGGCUUGUUUGCUUUGUGUGUUAUGAAAACAUCAGCUCGAAUUAUGUUAGAUGAAAAUUGUUAAUUGUAACUGCGUACAAUUCAGCCAUGAUUUAAUAAACAGAAAUGAGUCCUACAAUAGCUACACUAAAUUCUGUUCUCCGUUUUUUUGAAAUACAAAUUCCAUUUUUUUUUUGUAGUACAGUCGGAGAAAAAUGAUAAGUCACCUAUUUUAACGGUUAUACUCCAACUUAUUCCACAUUCGAUAUCCAUGUUGCUGUACAUACAAGUGCAUAUGUAUGUGGUGUGUGGAUAACGUGGAUAUCGUUUGUGGAACAAGUUGGAUUAUAACCGUUGAAUAUGUGACUUUUUAUUUUUCUCGGACUGUAAAUGGAAUUUUAUCCAGAAUUUAAUUAAAAUCUCCUUUGUAAAGAAAAUUAUUAUUAAAAAAGUGAAAAUAUUAAACCUAAAAAUGUAAAAAUUGUGAUUCGAUUCGAAAAAGUGUUUCCUUUUUUAUAUCAAAAAGAAAAAUUUAUUUUUAAUAUUUUUAAGACUUAAAACUGCAUGGCAUAUCUGUACAUAAAAACUCAUUCGAAUUAAAAAAAAAAAUAACACGAAAGAUCAAAAUUUCCUUUGCCAACAACACUGUAAAAAAAAGGUAUAAAAACUAAAUGAAUGAAGAAAAAUAAUGAUAUUUAGGCUAGAUGAAUGAAGAUAAUAAUUUUUUUUUAUUUCCCCCCCAUAAUGUAAUUAUUUAAAUGUUAAGAAAAUAAACCAAAGACUAUAUCGG